AUGUCGUCGGGCGAUCCGCCGCAGUCUGACGGUCGGGGGCCCGCCGCGGCUUCGCAAGAAGUUCUCCAGGAAACAUCGGGCUCUGGCAGGAACACAGCAUCAUUCCAUCUCACACCCGGUCCACACCAAGCCAAUCUGCCAAUCACCGCCACCUUCCGCUUCAUGGACAUGGUUGUCGACAUCAGAGAAAUCAUCUACGGUCUUAUCUUCCGCGACAUGAUGCUCCGACGCGGGAGCAUUCCACCUAUCUCCAUGUCUAUCAUAUUCGCCUCGAAGGCUUGCUACGCUGAAGCGAGACCGAUUCUGCUCUCGGAGGCAACCUUUCAUGUCCGACCGACAGGGGGAGGAGAGCCAUACUUGAACGCCAGCAAUCUGCCACUAGCUCUCAAGGACUACAGCACUUUGCGCCACAUUCAAGUCAGUAUGCCUGACCAAGGUUCCAGACCUCAGUUCGUCCAUCGGCUUCUCACAUCUUUGCCCAACUUGCGGAGUGUGGACUGCCAUUUCAUAUCAUACUCAGGUCCCAGCUUUAUGCCUGAAGGGCAAUAUGGCGAACUAGGCGUGCAGAUACAAAAGGACAGAACAAUUGAUGAAGCCAAUCUGGAGCGUGUCAAGGAUGUGCUCGCGUCGACGAUCCCCCAUUGUCUAGCCCGACAGCCGCACAAGACCCCACUAGAGAAUGACCGUACGUUGUAUGAGGCGAAUCGACUGCGGGUGGAGGUCACAUUGAACACAGGGAACACGGUUGUCAAGCGAAUCGAGGACCCCGUGGACAUCGCAAUGGAGCAUUAUCCGCCAUGCGGGCCAGAACACAAGUUUGUGCUUGCCGAGACCGUCGUUGAGGAUCUUCUUGCGAGUGUAGUUGCAGAACCUUUGGAUCACUGA